GGAAAGGAGGCAGAGGAACCGCGCUGCUGCUGGCUGGGAGGAGAGCAGCGAAGAGGAGGAACAGACAAUAGAUAACGGCGACAGGUGGUCGGAAGGAAAGGUGGGCGCUCUAGCGCUGUCUGUGCACUGCUACUCACCUACAUACGGUUAAAAUGGCACAAGUUAAGCAAGUGGGUCUACUAGCUGCUGGAUGUCAGCCAUGGAAUAAAGACGUGUGUGCUGCUAGUGGAGAUAGAUUUGCCUACUGUGCAACUCUUGCUAUUUAUAUAUAUCAGUUGGAUCAUCGGUACAAUGAAUUCAAAUUAUGGGCAAUUAUGUCUGAGCACAAGAAGACAAUCACAGCCAUUUCUUGGUGUCCCCAUAACCAUGAUCUGUUUGCAAGUGCAAGUGCAGAUAACUUAGUAAUAAUUUGGAAUGUUGCUGAACAAAAAGUUGUUUCAAAACUCGACAGUACAAAAGGUAUUCCUGCAUCCCUUAGUUGGUGCUGGAAUGCAGGUGAUGCAGUUGCAUUUGUCUCCCAUAGAGGCCCAUUAUAUAUUUGGACCAUUUCAGGACCGGACAGCGGUGUAAUUGUGCAUAAAGAAGCUCACAGUUUCUUGUCAGAUAUUUGUCUGUUUAGAUGGCACCCGAAGAAGAAGGGGAAAGUAGUGUUUGGACACACUGAUGGAAGUCUUUCAAUUUUUCAGCCAGGUUCUAAGAGUCAGAAACAUGUUCUAAGGCCAGAAUCGCUUGAAGGGACAGAUGAGGAAGAUCCUGUCACAGCCUUGGAAUGGGACCCACUGUCAACAGAUUAUCUUCUUGUUGCAAAUUUGCAUAAUGGAAUACGUCUGGUUGAUUCAGAGUCUCUGUCCUGUAUCACAAGCUUUAAUUUUCCCAGUUCAGCAGCAUCUGUUCAGUGCUUAGCUUGGGUUCCCAGUGCUCCUGGAAUGUUUAUCACUGGAGAUUCUCAAGUUGGUGUCUUGCGUGUUUGGAAUGUGUCACGAACAACACCAAUAGACAACUUUAAAUUGAAGAAAACUGGUUUCCAUGGUUUACAUGUUCUUAGUUCUCCACCAAGGAAAAAAUCAUUUUCUUCAGUGUCUCCUACCAAAAAUCAUCACAUGUCAUCUACAAGUGAAGCAUUUCCAACUCCAACCUUAACACCAAACCAAGCAUUUUCUCUCCCACCUGGGCAUGCUGUGUGCUGUUUCAUGGAUGGUGGAGUGGGACUUUAUGACAUGGGAGUCAAGAAAUGGGAUUUUCUUAGAGAUUUGGGACACGUUGAAACCAUCUUUGAUUGUAAAUUCAAACCUGAUAACCCUGACCUUCUAGCAACAGCAUCAUUUGAUGGGACAAUAAAGGUGUGGGAUAUAAACACUUUAACGGCUGUCUACACUUCUCCUGGCAAUGAAGGGGUCAUAUAUUCUCUUUCGUGGGCUCCAGGAGACUUAAACUGCAUAGCUGGUGCAACUUCCAGGAAUGGUGGCUUCAUUUGGGACGUCCCACGGGGUAAAAUGAUAACGCGUUUUAGUGAGCAUGGAAAAAAUGGCAUCUUCUGCAUUGCAUGGAGUCAUAAAGAUUCCAAAAGGAUAGCAACUUGCAGUGGUGAUGGAUUCUGUAUUAUUCGAACCAUUGAUGGCAAAAUUCUUCACAAGUACAAACAUCCAGCUGCAGUUUUUGGCUGUGAUUGGAGUCAAAACAACAAAGAUAUGAUAGCCACUGGAUGUGAAGAUAAAAAUGUCCGUGUCUAUUACCUAGCAACUAGCUCUGAUCAGCCACUAAAAGUAUUCAGUGGGCAUACUGCAAAAGUGUUCCAUGUACGAUGGUCUCCUCUGAGGGAAGGAAUUCUCUGCAGUGGUUCUGAUGAUGGUACGGUUCGAAUAUGGGAUUACACACAAGAUGCUUGUAUAAAUAUUCUUAGUGGGCAUACAGCACCAGUACGGGGAUUGCUGUGGAAUACCGAAAUACCUUACCUACUGAUAUCUGGCAGCUGGGAUUACUCAAUCAAAGUAUGGGACACAAGAGAUGGAAUCUGUCUGGACACAGUGUAUGAUCAUGGUGCGGAUGUCUAUGGAUUAACUUGCCAUCCUAGUCGUCCCUUCACUAUGGCCUCUUGUUCUCGAGAUUCCACUGUGAGACUUUGGUCCUUAACACCUCUAAUAAAUCCUCUCCAACUAAAUAUUUUGGCAGACAGAUCAUGGGAUGAGAUUAUUGGAAAUACUGAUCGUGCUAUGGAAGUGGGUGCUCCUCCUUUGCUUUGUGGGAAAGUAUCCAGGGAUAUUAAACAGGAAGUAGACAAACUGACUGGUAAUCCUCGAGGUAAAAAACUAAGGUGGCUUUCAGAAUGUUUAUCGCCUCCAGGGGGCAGUAAAAACCUAUGGGAUCUAGUAGCUGUAAUCAAAGGCCAAGAUGAUAGCUUGCUUCCACAAAAUUACUGCAAAGGAAUCAUGCACAUGAAGCAUCUGGUUAGAUUUAGAAUGUCCAAAGCCCAAGAACUUACAACUGUAAAGAUGUCAAAGUUUGGAGGUGGGAUUGGUGCACCUAGCAAGGAGGAAAGACUGAAAGAAGCAGCACAGAUACACCUGAGACUAGGUCAAAUUCAGAGAUACUGUGAACUUAUGGUGGAACUUGGAGAGUGGGAUAAAGCUCUCUCAGUUGCACCUGGGGUGUCUAUGAAAUACUGGAAGAAGUUAAUGCAAAGGAGAGCUGACCAGUUAAUCCAGGAAGAAAAUGAUGAUGUUAUUCCAUACUGCAUAGCUACUGGUGAUGUAAAGAAACUUGUCCUAUUUUUUACUUCAAGAGGCCAGCUUAAAGAAGCUCUGCUUGUUGCACAGGCAGCAUGUGAAGGCAAUAUGCAAACAUUACAGUAUUCAACAUCAAAUGGAUCAGCAAAUCUUGAAGGAAAUGGCACAGAAGAUUACAAUGAACUCCUACAUAAGGUCAGUAAGGAGCUGGCUGAGUGGUAUUUCCAGGAUGGCUAUGCAGUGCUGGCUGCAUGUUGCCAUUUAGCUGUUGAAAAUAUCGAGCUUGCCAUGGCAAACCUGAUUCGUGGAAAUGAACUGGAGUUGGCAGUCAAUGUGGGUACUGUCUUAGGAGAAUGUGCAGCACAAGCAACACAUUAUGCUCUAGAGUUACUAGCAAGAAAAUGUAUGACUGUUACAACAUGCUUUCCAUCUCUUGGAUACAGGGAUUUAGCAGCAGAUCUUCUCAUGAUGAUUCCAAAUAACGAACUUCAGUUAGUAAAGCUUUGUGCUUUCUAUCCUGGGUGCACAGCAGAGAUAAAUGACUUGCAUGAAAAGUGUAGCCUACCAGAUGUAGAAGAAUGUAUGGAGUUAGCAGAGACGGCUCAGUCAGAAGGAAAUAUAUUUGGGUCAAUAAAGUAUUACUUGUUAACUAUAGAACCAGAGAAAGCACUUCCUAUAGGCAUUCAGUUUGUCAAAGAACAGAUCAGUAACUCAGAUUGGACCCUGGAUUCUGUCUGUCCAUUUCUCGAUCUUUUAAGUCAUAUACGCACAGAAAGGUUGCUGCUUCAUAAAUGUAGUGAAUUUCGAAAUGAGUUGUUAAUAUUGUGUGGUUAUAUUGGUGCUUUACUGGCUAUUAGAAGACAAUACACGAGCAUUGUACCAGCACUCUAUGAAUAUACAAGCCAGCUUUUAAAAAGACGGGAGGUGUGUGUACCUCUGAAAAUUGAACAGCUUUCUGAGGAACUAGAUGCUUGGAGAGCUUGUACCCAAUCACUAAACAAAUCUCCUGAUGAGUUACCAUAUACACCUCCAUCUGAACUGCAGCAAGAGCUUUAUGCAACACUGAUAUCUCGAAUAAAAGAAGAACCUCUGAAAGGAAUGAUAGGACCAGAUUAUGUUACAGGAUCUAACCUUCCUAGUCACUCAGAUGUUCAUAUAUCUUGCUUGACAGGAUUAAGAAUACAGGGUCCAGUGUUUUUCCUUGAAGAUGGAAAGUCAGCUAUUUCGCUGAAUGAUGCAUUAAUGUGGGCAAAAGUGAAUCCAUUUUCUCCUCUUGGAACAGGAAUACGGCUCAACCCAUUCUGACAAAAGACUUCCUCUCUAUCUCUCCAGUUUUCGAAAUAUGAACAACCUCCUGUUACCCACAUUACUUUGUAUUAGCUGAAGGAUUUGAGAUUGAAUCCUCACUGAAGGAAUGUUUUAUGGACUUGGUAAACUGUAUAUUUAAUUUUUAUAUUAACACAUUUGAUAAUCCCAAAGAAAAAGUCAUGAAUAUCAUUGGCAGCCCUGGGCUUUAAAAAAGGAUUAAAAUGCUGUUUCUGUGAACAAACUUGUGAUGCACGUAAAGAAAUAUCUUCACCUUAUUAAGGCUGCAAGGAUAGCACAAACUCGCCUAUCUUGACACACAUUCAUGCAUAAGUAAUUUAUGCCUCUUUGAACAGUUGCUAUAGCUGCUUUUAGAACUUCUAGCCUAUAAUGGAGAGUACAUCCUUCGUUUCUAGAUAACAUUUGUGUAUUUGUCCCUUCUUGGUGGAACUAAGGGCACAAUCUACUGAAUGCUAUUUUGCUGCAAGAUCCUUUGAAAAGAAUGGAGCUUAUGCAGCUGCUGUUCAUGAUGGAUUGUGUUCAAUAAAUCAUUCAUGUAAAUUAAAUGGUUGUAUAGUAAAUACAGAUUAUUAUUUAGCAAGUAUUUUGGAAUACAUAGUUUUGCACCUCAAUUAUCAAGAAAGUUUUCUUAUAUUUUGAAUAUCUAAAUUUGCAUUUAGUAACACUUCUCUUUACUUUGAGUAAGUGCAUUUCUAAAAUUUAAUUUUCAACAAAUACCUUGUAAAUAAACUAUUUAAUGGAAUGUUCUAAAUAUUUAAUUCCUUUAACUUUAUUUAUUGUAAAGAUGUGAUAUUAAAAUCCCCAAAACCUAAAUAAAUUGGUAUUUUGCAUAAAGAUACCUAUAGUUGUGCUCUAGUUAAAAGAAAACAUUUACGAUUGAAAGAGAGAUCAAAAAGCAAUGCAUCAUACCAUAUGUAAAACAAGUAUCCAUCUUGGUUAUCAUCAACCUUAUGGAAUAUAUUUUUGGGGCAACUGCUGGACUGCAAACACAUUGUCUUUUCCCAUUUCAGGAGAUCCAUGUUGUUCACGAUUUUAUGGAUUGUGGUUUCAUGUAUCUGUGGAUAUGUCUUAGAGAACCAAUUUCUUUAUCUGUGGCAUGAAAUAUAGGCAUUUUUCUUCUAUCUGUGGUUCUGAGUGGCCGGAAAUGAUUUCUGAUAUUAUGGGCCACCAUUUUGAAGCACAGAGGCAUUUUGUGGCUGUUUUGUCUUUAAAAAGAUUUAGAGGAUUUGGGGGGCAUUCUUGGAGAACUGGAGAACAAGGUACUAUGCUUUUC